UUAAUAGUACAUAUUGGAAAGGAAGACUACCAUUGAAUCACAGGAUAAAUAGUAAAAAUUCGGUAAUUGGGAUCCUGAAGAAAAUCUUCCAAAAUGAAGGGGGAGGAAGUUAAUGUGAGACAGUGGAACCGGGAAAGAGUAACUCAGUCUGGUCAAACACUACUACUUUCUAUUCCAACUUAUAUGACUUCUCACAAGCUCUUUAGGGAUGAGAAACUGGAAAAGCAUCGCAUAACAGCAUAGGUUGGGGAUCUAAGAAGUCUUACACUUGAACCCUUCUUUCCCCUUGGCUCCUUGUUGGCUGUGUCAAUAGGGACAAGUUACUUAGCCUAAUUGUUGUGUCUUCACCAUGUUGGGUAAUCUAGAAGAGUUCUUUCUUCCCUCAAAGUUAUCAAGUGUUUAUACUUCUUCAGAACGAGCCUUCUUGAGGGAUAGGAAAGAGGUAGGUCUGGAACUUCCUCACUAUUAUUAAAAAGUGACAUAAAAUUCCUAUUGUCCCUGGAACCUCAGAGGAAUUGGAAAGGGGAGGUGGAAGCAUUCCCAUUCUGGAACCAAUGUGAAGACUGAUUUAUUUUUAGAUGAUCAAUUCUGAAUUGUUUUUUAGAUGUUAGGCUUUUUAGAUUCUGAAUUCCUUUGAGAGCUUGAAGAAUAAAAUGGAAGAUCUCAAUCAAUCGUAUUCCAAGACUAAGAUACAAGCAGGGAUAAUCUUAGAAUUAGCAGGAAAUUAUGUGUUUAUGUGUUCACUACUCUCAUGCCUCCUGUUUCAUCCUGGACUCAUUUGUUUGUGGUCCUGGUACCGUUGGGCCCAUUUUGCAUUUAUAGGUGACUGUGACAUCAGGCAAUUUAUUUUAUUCAGUUCUUAUACACCCAAUGUGGAGUUCCUGUUGACUUUAUCCUCCCCACUUAACAGCGCUCCUGCUGUGUCUUGUUUGUCUUUGUUUUUAUCUGUUCUUCCCCCCUCUCAGGUGCCCAAGAACAGCCCAUGGAAAAGUUAUGUGAAGAGGUGGUGAUUAAGGUCAUACAGCAGGAGUGGACAUGUUUGGAUUUCCAACAGCUACCCUGCUGGACUGUCAUGGAAGAUAUGCCCAGAAUGUAGCAUUUUUCAAUGUGAUGACAGAAGCUCACCACAAAUAUGAUCACUCGGAGGCUACAGGAUCCUCAAGCUGGGAUUUCCAGAACUCCUUCAGAAGAGAAAAGCUGGAACAAAAAUCUACAGAUUCUAAGGCACUACCCGAAGACCCAUCUGGAGUGAGACAGAAGGUCUAUGAUUGUCAGGAAUGUGGAAAAUCCUUUAGGCAAAAAGGGAGUCUAACAUUACAUGAGAGAAUCCACACUGGUCAAAAGCCCUUUGAAUGUACCCAUUGUGGAAAGACCUUCAGGGCCAAAGGAAAUCUUGUUACACAUCAGCGAAUACACACAGGAGAAAAGCCUUAUGAGUGCAAGGAGUGUGGGAAAAGCUUUAGCCAACGAGGUAGUCUGGCUGUUCAUGAGAGACUCCACACUGGACAGAAACCUUAUGAGUGUAUUAUUUGUCAAAGAAGUUUCAGGAAUCAAAGUAACCUUGCUGUUCAUAGACGAGUUCACAGUGGUGAGAAGCCCUACAGAUGUGAUCAGUGUGGAAAAGCCUUCAGUCAGAAAGGAAGCUUAAUUGUUCACAUCAGGGUCCACACAGGCCUGAAGCCCUAUGCUUGUUCACAAUGCAGGAAGAGUUUCCACACUAGGGGAAAUUGUCUUCUGCAUGGCAAAGUUCACACAGGGGAGACACCCUAUCUGUGUGGCCAGUGUGGAAAAAGCUUUACCCAGAGAGGAAGUCUGGCCAUGCACCAGCGAAGCUGCUCACAAAGGCUCACUCUUUGACCAUUCUCUGCCAAGCAAGUUCUCGUUAAGAAUAAAGUGUACAGACUCCUCUAAAAUAAGCAACCUAUUAAAUUCAUCUAAACGAAUGGAAUCUUUCAGAAAACUUGUCAUUGGGUAGGGCCAACUGACUUUCCCUUUCUCCCAAAUCUGAAAAAAUAAAUGUCUUAUUAUCAUUAUCA